CAUUUAUUCUGCCUGGAGAGGCUGUCGCGUCGCUGCCGCUCUCCUCCAGCUCUGUCAGCCUUUUGUGAGCUUCAGUUUAAAGCCAGCCAUGCCCGGGAUUCUGCUGGGAGAUGUGUUCCCAAACUUUGAGGCGGACACGACCACCGGAAGGAUCAAAUUUCACGACUUUCUGGGCGACUCGUGGGGUAUCCUGUUUUCCCACCCGGCGGAUUUCACUCCCGUCUGCACCACCGAGCUCUCACGCGCCGCCAAGCUCGCCGAUGAGUUCAAGAAGCGCGGGGUAAAGAUGAUCGCCCUGUCCAUCGACAGCGUUGAGGAUCACAAGAACUGGAGCAAGGAUGUGAUGGCAUACGGCAACGAGGCUGGCACCCCUCUGCCUUUCCCCAUCAUCGCCGAUGACAAGCGAGAACUGUCGGUCCAGCUGGGCAUGCUGGACCCUGACGAGAGGAACAAGGCUGGACUACCUCUGACUGCUCGCUGCGUGUUUGUGAUCGGCCCGGACAAGAAGCUGAAGCUGUCCAUCCUCUACCCUGCCACCACCGGGAGGAACUUUGUCGAGAUCCUCAGAGUCAUCGACUCUCUGCAGCUGACGGCGCAGAAGAAGGUGGCCACGCCCGUCGACUGGAAGCCUGGUGAGAAAGUCAUGGUCAUCCCUUCACUUCCUGAUUCUGAAGCAACCGCUCUCUUCCCCAACGGAGUAACAACCAAAGAGUUGCCUUCUGGGAAAAAAUACCUGCGCUACACUCAGAUCUGAAGACGGAGAAAUACGAACCAAAUCACAAAAUGUACGUCGCUGCUUUAUGCUCAGCUUUUUCAUGCAACUCUGUUACUCCUUUCUGCAUGUAGACAUUUAGAGGUUCUUUGACCAACUACUGGAUGUCCUCCUCCAGCCUUUGAACUGAAAGCUUUUAUUCUGUCGCUGCAGAGCUGUACUCUGCCAGUAGAUGGCGCUAAGCGUGCACGUUACCUCCAACAUGGAAUAGAAACAUCCUAUAGUGGGAGUGAAAGAAGCGACCUGUUUUUAACGACUAAGAACAAGAAGUAUCAUGGACAGAGAUUACUAUUUACUGUUGAAGCCAAUCUAAGAAUGACAAAAACAGAUUCAUUUCAGAGCUGAUAUCUAUUUUCAUUCACGUUCAGGACGCAAUCAACUUUCUCUCAUCAUGUUCUUUCUCUUUUUGCCAAAUAAACACUUUUUGAAACUCC